CGCGCGCCGAGCGAGGGUAUGAAUGUGAUUUCUGAUGAAACUGGAUUGGAAUAAUUUUCAUCUUUGUAUAUUUAUAUAUAUAUUUUUAAAUUUUGCAUUUGACUUAAAGUGCCAUGAGAAAAUUUGCAUACUGCAAGGUGGUCCUAGCCACCUCCUUGAUUUGGGUACUCUUGGAUAUGUUCCUGCUGCUUUACUUCAGUGAAUGCAACAAAUGUGAUGAAAAAAAGGAGAGAGGACUUCCUGCUGGGGAUGUUCUAGAGCCAGUACAAAAGCCUCAUGAAGGUCCUGGAGAAAUGGGGAAACCAGUCGUCAUUCCUAAAGAGGAUCAAGAAAAGAUGAAAGAGAUGUUUAAAAUCAAUCAGUUCAAUUUAAUGGCAAGUGAGAUGAUUGCACUCAACAGAUCUUUACCAGAUGUUAGGUUAGAAGGGUGUAAAACAAAGGUGUAUCCAGAUAAUCUUCCUACAACAAGUGUGGUGAUUGUUUUCCACAAUGAGGCUUGGAGCACACUUCUGCGAACUGUCCAUAGUGUCAUUAAUCGCUCACCAAGACACAUGAUAGAAGAAAUUGUUCUAGUAGAUGAUGCCAGUGAAAGAGACUUUUUGAAAAGGCCUUUAGAGAGUUAUGUGAAAAAACUAAAAGUACCAGUUCAUGUAAUUCGAAUGGAACAACGUUCUGGAUUGAUUAGAGCUAGAUUAAAAGGAGCUGCUGUGUCUAAAGGCCAAGUGAUCACCUUCCUGGAUGCCCAUUGUGAGUGUACAGUGGGAUGGCUGGAGCCUCUCUUGGCCAGGAUCAAACAUGACAGGAGAACAGUGGUGUGUCCUAUCAUCGAUGUGAUCAGCGAUGAUACUUUUGAGUACAUGGCAGGCUCUGAUAUGACCUAUGGUGGGUUCAACUGGAAGCUCAAUUUUCGCUGGUAUCCUGUUCCCCAAAGAGAAAUGGACAGAAGGAAAGGUGAUCGGACUCUUCCUGUCAGAACACCUACCAUGGCAGGAGGCCUUUUUUCAAUAGACAGAGAUUACUUUCAGGAAAUUGGAACAUAUGAUGCUGGAAUGGAUAUUUGGGGAGGAGAAAACCUUGAAAUUUCCUUUAGGAUUUGGCAAUGUGGAGGAACUUUGGAAAUUGUUACAUGCUCACAUGUGGGACAUGUGUUUCGGAAAGCUACACCUUACACGUUUCCAGGAGGCACAGGGCAGAUUAUCAAUAAAAAUAACAGACGACUUGCAGAAGUGUGGAUGGAUGAAUUCAAGAAUUUCUUCUAUAUAAUUUCUCCAGGUGUUACAAAGGUAGAUUAUGGAGAUAUAUCAUCAAGAGUUGGUCUAAGACACAAACUACAAUGCAAACCUUUUUCUUGGUACCUAGAGAAUAUAUAUCCUGAUUCUCAAAUUCCACGUCACUAUUUCUCAUUGGGAGAGCUAAUGGGAAGCAGUGGUUUCCAGUCCUUGGAGAAACUCCACUUUGAACAUCUAAUGAUACGAAAUGUGGAAACAAAUCAGUGUCUAGAUAACAUGGCUAGAAAAGAGAAUGAAAAAGUUGGAAUUUUUAAUUGCCAUGGUAUGGGGGGUAAUCAGGUUUUCUCCUAUACUGCCAACAAAGAAAUUAGAACAGAUGACCUUUGCUUGGAUGUUUCCAAACUUAAUGGCCCAGUUACAAUGCUCAAAUGCCACCACCUAAAAGGCAACCAACUCUGGGAGUAUGACCCAGUGAAAUUAACCCUGCAGCAUGUGAACAGUAAUCAGUGCCUGGAUAAAGCCACAGAAGAGGAUAGCCAGGUGCCCAGCAUUAGAGACUGCAAUGGAAGUCGGUCCCAGCAGUGGCUUCUUCGAAACGUCACCCUGCCAGAAAUAUUCUGAGACCAAAUUUUCAAAAAAAAAAACACGAAAAAAAUAAGGAUUGACUGGGCUACCUCAGCAUACAUUUCUGCCACAUUCUUAAGUAGCAAAAAAGGAAAAGUGCUUUCCUCCUCUGCAGGAUGUAAGGUUUAUCAGCCAUUAAAACUUAGACUUCUCUAGCUUUUCACUAGCUGUGAACCAGCCUUCCUGUCCAUGGACGUGAAACUGCAUAGUAAUGAGACUGUGCACACUGAUGUUUACAAGACUGAAAGAGUCUUUCUCCGAAAAUCAUGGUAAAGAAUAUUGAGACAAUGAAAAAAAUCAACAAAAUAUGCUUUCUGGAGAACUGUACCUUUUAUGGUUUGCUUGCACAUCAGUAAUUUCUGCUGAACGUGCUGUCAUAAUGAAGAGAUUUCCAAGAUUUUUUUUCCUGAUUAGAACUGGUAGCCAGUAUAUUAAAUAUUGAUAUAAAAAUAAAAGAACUGGAACCAGAUUCGGAAUCAUGAAAACAGCAUUUUUACAACAACAACAAAAAAACUAUAUUAAACAGGGUUUAAAGGAAAUUAAAACAGAACUAUGAGAAGUACAAUUUGUUAUAGUAUAGUAUCAAAUUUCUAUCUAGAUUUUAUACCUCAGUGGGGAAAAAUAACUGAUUCCAAUGACAUUCAUUUUGUUUUCAUCUGUGAUAGUCAUGGAUGCUUUUAUUUUCCUUGGGGUGCUGAAAUUGAGCUGAAAAAAAAAAAGGCUCUUUGAAUAUAGUUUUACUUUCUCUCUACAGUUUUUUUUUGUUUGGUUUGUGGGCUGUUGGAAUUGUAAUUUUUAAUUGCCUUCUAAAAAAUGGAAAUUUAACAAUGUCUGAUCUCAACUGAACAAAUUAGAUGUUUCAGUCGCUCCUGGGUCAGCCGGCUUAUAGAUUGACACGUGCGCACACACACACACAUUUCUUACCACAUUUCCAACUUCUUGACCCAACUGAUUAUGCUAAAUACCCAAGAUUCGUACUACUGUACCACAGAUUUGUUUUCACAGCAAUAAAUCUUCAGUUCUUUGUUUAUGAUUCCACUUAACAAAAGGCCUGCAGAAGUGAUUUAUUAUUUGGGUAUUUGGAGAUAAUAUAUUUGAUGGUUUUUUGGAAAACCUUUUUCACUCCAUACUCAGAUAUGCUUCAUUGUCAAGUGCAUAUUUAGAUUAGAUUAUUGAAUUGUAAUGUUUAUCUGCUGCUUUUUUUUAAAUAAAAUUUGACUGAAAAUGUUUAAUUGGCAUUUUUUAAUGACUUAGCCAAAGAAGUGCAGCUAUUAUUCCAUAUUAAUAGGCUUGCAUUUCUUUUCCUAAAUUUUAGGCUAAAUCAGUUUUAUUUUUCUCUGAUUUUUUUUUUAUACCACAGAAUCACCUGAGUGUCAGUUAAAAGUUGUCAAUUAAAAGGUAACCUUUUAAUCUCAUAGGAGGAAUCUCAUUAAGACAUUUUUCCUGAUAUGUAGAGCAGUCUGUUGGCAAAAAUGCAUAUAUUUUCUUUCAUAUUUGUAAAAUUAUAUUUAAUGGAAUUCUUUUCUUUGAUUAUCAAGGACUUUCACUGCAGGCAGUGCUAUUUCUUGUGCCUACGAAUGUUUCCGAAAGUCGCAUCACUCAUUAUAUUUGCGAGGUUGAGUGUACACAAAGUUUCUCAUAUCCUGUUCAAGUUAAUCAACAUCAAGCACAUGGGGAUGCUUUAGGGUGAGGCUAUAGUACAAAAUGCAUAAACCAUGUCCCCAGGAAAUUUGAAAGGAAGCAGGUGCUGGAUGGAUUUUUUUUUUUUUCCUUUUCCAUGAGCUGUGUUAACUCUAUCUCCAGUAGGCCUAAUGCUUGAAUAAGCAAGAUGUCUAAUCAAUAAAUUAUUUUCAUGCUCAGAAUUUCAGGUUUUUGUACUCCAGCAUAGCUUGGUCUUAUUUCUUACUGUAUGAAAGCUUAACAGCAAUGUGAUUUAAGUGGGAUUUAAGUUUUGUUUUUUAAGUGGGAGAUGUAAGUGAUUUAAUUCAUGGGUACUUUUAGAACCUGAUAGAUAUUCCCAUUGCCUUUAUUUUUCUAAUUAAAGAAUUCCUAAAUA